AUGUCCAGAAUCCCAUCCAUUCCACUUCUGUCGCAUACUCAUAGCAUGCCAAACCUUUGGACCUUUUGGGAGCAUGUCCAGAGCACUGAUGCAGCUAGCAGGUACCUCUUUGAUCAAGCGGUUUUCUAUACUGAAGAAUCUGGUUAUGUCGUUGAAUGCCGUAAUGGAACCCCAAUGCGUCUUGGUCCUUCUGGUGCUCGUGGUCUGGUUUGGCGCUGUCCUCUUCGUAAUUGUUGCAACCGUAGCCCAAAAACUACACGUUUGGAUUCUUUCUUUUAUAGAUUGAAGGCUCCAUUAGAGCGUGUACUUAUGGUGAUUUACCUUUUCAUGGCGCGUACACAUAUGACCCAGCUGGAUAUGAUGACUGGCUUGAACGCUCGGACAUUGCGUACCAUUGUACAAGGCCUCUACUAUGUCAUGGAGCAAGACCUAACUAUGGAUGACGUAAAAGUUGGUGGAAAGGAUCCCGAGACCGAUGAACGAAUUAUCGUGGAGAUCGAUGAAAGCAAGUUUGGGAAACGUAAGGAUAACCGUGGUCAUCCCCUUGAUGGCGUUUGGGUCGUAGGCGGUGUUGAACGCACACCGCAACGCAAGGCAUUCAUGAUGGUGGUUCAAGAUCGCAGUGCUCACACAUCGCAGGAGAUUGUCAAGCGAUUCGUGUUGAAAGACUCCCACAUCAACACCGAUUGCUGGUCAGGAUACAAUCGUCUUGAUGAAAUACCUGAUAUGAAUUAUGUUCAUUUUCCUGUUAACCAUUCGGAAAACUUUGUUGACCAAGUGCAUGGUACCCAUACAAACACGAUUGAAGGUACUUGGAAUGGUAUCAAGCAAAAUGUCACUGCGCGACAUUGCACAAAGAAGAUGAUGCCUUGGAAACUGGUCGAAUUCAUUUCGAGGCGCAAGCACGAUGACGACUGGUGGGGUGGUAUCAUGAAAGCGUUAAGUUGCGUGCAGGUAACACCUGCUAAUGGGUCCGAAGAUCAUCCACCCCAAUCAUUGUUGACUGAGGUAAUCGAUCAAGAUGGUCAAGAUGAGGAUGGUUUUGAAAGUCUUAUCAAUACUAUAUUGGAGGAUCAUCAUGAAGAUGAAUAA